AUGAACACAACUGCGGCGAUUUGUUUUCACUCGAGAGCCGAUGAUUCCAACAAUAGUAUUGGCGACUUUGUUUGUGGGUUUGUUCUAAAGCCUUCAUCUCAUAUUGGAAGUGCGGGUGAGAGUUGUUGGUUCAACACCCGAUCACCAGAUAGAGGUAAGAGAUUAGAUUGCAGGGUGGGUAUCAUGACUCAUGUUGGACUUGGGGGGCCUCUAAUUAAUCGAUUGCCCGGUCACAAUCUUUCACUGAUUGCCGUCUCCAUUCUCUCAUUACAUUUCUUCAAGGCUUUUUGA